AUGCCGAGAAAUCCAUCUCAAACACCCCCGUUUAAUGGUUAUGUGACAAUGGCGAAUGCAAAUUUUCCAAGUGGUGGUGUACCUGAAUUUCCCGAGUUUUCAACACAACUAACUAGAAAAUAUCUCAAUAGAGAUCAUGCAGCGGCAAACCAAAGACUAAUUGACAACUACUUUGCCAAUGAGCCUACAUAUAACGAUGCAAUGUUUCGUCGUCGGUACCGGAUGAAAAAAAAUGUUUUCCUUCGAAUCGUUGGGGACCUUUCAAGUAGUGAUAACUACUUCACCCAGCGAGUUGAUGCAGCCAAUAAAGAAGGUAUAUCACCCUUAGCAAAAUGUACCACAGCAAUGCGAAUGUUAGCAUAUGGUGUGGCAGCAGAUGCGGUCGAUGAGUACAUCAAAAUAGGAGGUACUACAGCAUUGGAGUGCUUACGUAGAUUCUGUAAAGGAAUCAUACGCUUGUACGAGCAAGUGUAUCUGAGAGCACCAACCCAAGAUGACCUGCAAAGAAUACUGCAUGUUAGUGAAAUGCGGGGGUUCCCAAGGAUGAUUGGGAGUAUUGACUGCAUGCACUGGGAGUGGAAAAAUUGUCCUAAAGCAUGGGAAGGACAGUUGAACGAUAUAAACGUUCUAGACCGGUCACCAGUGUUUGAUGACGUGGAACAGGGAAAGGCUCCAAGUGUGAAUUUCUUUGUGAAUCAACGUCCAUAUAAUAUGGUAUACUAUCUAGCUGAUGGUAUCUACCCUUUGUUGCUACACCCUUCUUAUCCAACUUUCGUCAAAUCGAUUAGACUUCCUCAAAGUGAACCCGAUAAAUUAUUUGCAAAAUUUCAGGAGGGAUGUCGGAAGGACAUCGAACGUGCAUUUGGAGUGCUCCAAGCUCGAUUUAAAAUCAUCCGUGAACCAGCUCGCUUGUGGGACAUAGCUGAUUUGGGUAUCAUCAUGAGGUUAUGCAUCAUAUUACAUAAUAUGAUUGUUGAGGAUGAACGAGAUUCAUAUUCUCAACGUUGGACCGAUUUUGAGCAAUCUGGGGAAAGUGGAUCUAGUGCACCACAACCAUACUCGACCGAGGUGUUACCCGCUUUUGCAAAUCAUGUGCGUGCUAGAUCAGAGUUCCGUGAUCCAAAUGUUCAUCAAGAAUUGCAAGCCGAUCUAGUGAAGCACAUAUGGACAAAGUUUGGAAUGUUCCGUGAUUGAAUUAUUUGUGUGUUGUAUUGCAUUUUAAAUUAUUUGUAUCGUACUAAUUACGUUACUUGUGUG